AUUCCUAACGCCGCUGGAAGCUGAAAAAGCAAAGCAAGGAGGGUAGUGAAUUCCCGCCAUGGAGAUUAAUUUCCCGCGAAUUCCUUCCGCAUUUUAAUAUCACUCUCACUCUCACUCUCACUCUCUCUACUCUUGCAGCAACACACACAACAAUGUCGCGUCGUAAUAGCAAUGGUAGAUCACCCCUCGUCAAUCCACAGCGUCAAAUCACUUCUUUCUUCACCAAAUCCACUUCUCCCCUUUCACCUUCUCUCUCCAAAACCCUAAAAUCAAACCCUAAUAACCCCAUUUCUAAAUCUAAUCCUAACCCUAGUCCUACCCUAACUACACCUUCACCUCUCAAUCCCAAUAAACCACACAAACCCCGUCUCGUCAUCGACGCUCCUCCUACAAUAUCACCUCCCCCUUCGGAUUCUCCAUUCAUUGGUAAACGAAUCAGGGUUUAUUGGCCUUUAGACGAAGCCUGGUACGAAGGUACUGUCAAAUCUUUCGAUACCGUUACUUCCAAACAUCGAAUUCGUUACGAUGAUGAUGAAGAGGAAAGUAUUGAUCUUUCUAAGGAGAAGAUUGAGUGGAUUCAGGAUUCUUCCUCGAAGAAGCUUAAACGCUUGCGGCGUGGUUCUUCUCCUAUUAGGAAGAUGGUGAUUGAGGUGGAAGAAUGUCCCAAAGAGGAAAAACAAGAAGAAGAAGAUGAUGAUGAUGAUAAUGAUGAUUCGGAAGAUGAAGAUUGGGGAAAAAAUGCUGUAUUGGAGAAUGUUGUGGAUGAUAAUGAUGAUGAAGAUAUGGAACUGGAGGAAGAAAAUGAAGUUGUAGAGAGUGCUAAAGGAAAGAAUAGUAAUAAGGUUGAGCCGAAAAAGCGGAAACUAGGCGGAGGAGCAAAAAUGGAGCCGAUGAAAAAGAGCAAGAGUGGAAAUGAAGUUAACAGGGUAGCUGUUAAGCUCUCACCAUUGGCGCCUUUGAAUAAUUUGGAGGUUAGAAAGACAUCUGAUGGCGCAGACAAUGUUGCAACUGGUGAUUCCUCUGAAAGAUUUGCGCUCCGCGAAGCUCAGAAGUUUCACUUUCUAGGAAAAGAUCGCAGGGAUGCCAAACGAAGGCGUCCAGGAGAUGAAAAUUAUGACUCAAGAACUCUCUACUUGCCUCCAGAUUUUGUGAGGAAUUUGUCAGGUGGCCAGAAACAAUGGUGGGAAUUCAAGUCAAAACACAUGGACAAAGUUUUGUUUUUCAAGAUGGGUAAAUUUUAUGAGCUUUUUGAAAUGGAUGCACAUGUAGGAGCAAAAGAGCUUGAAUUGCAGUAUAUGAGGGGAGAGCAACCUCAUUGUGGUUUUCCAGAGAAGAAUUUCACAGUGAAUGUAGAGAGACUAGCUAGAAAGGGUUAUCGAGUUCUUGUUGUAGAGCAGACUGAAACACCUGAACAGAUGGAGCUUCGGCGCAAGGAGAGCGGCUCUAAAGAUAAGGUUGUGAGACGGGAAAUAUGCGCAGUGGUUUCAAAAGGCACAUUAAUAGAUGGGGAGUUUAUGUCAACCAAUCCUGAAGCUGCAUAUUUAAUGGCACUGACUGAGUACUGUGAGAACAAUCCAAAUGAAAUGUCAGAGCGCACGUACGGUGUUUGUGUAGUUGAUGUCGCUACUAGCAGAGUCAUUCUUGGGCAGUUCAACGAUGACUCAGAGUGCAGUGCCUUGUGCUCUAUCUUGUCUGAGAUCAGGCCAGUUGAAAUUGUGAAACCUGCUAAACUACUCAGUGCUGAAACAGAAAGGGCACUGCUGAAACACACGAGAAACCCUCUAGUGAAUGAGUUAAUUCCAAAUGUGGAAUUCUGGGAUGCUGAUAAAACUUUGGAUCAUCUGAAGAGAAUUUAUGGCCACAAUAACGAUGUUAGUGCUCAAGAUGGCGGGUUAGAUUGUCUGCCAGAUGUUUUAGUGGAGCUGGUGAAAACAGAUCAUGACAGUAGAAGUGCACUCUCAGCACUUGGGGGUGCUCUCUAUUAUUUGAAACAGGCUUUCCUAGAUGAGCAGUUGCUUAGAUUUGCGCAGUUUGAGUUGCUUCCAUGUUCUGUUUUCAGUGGUCUUGCUUCAAAACCAUACAUGGUUCUUGAUGCUGUAGCCCUAGAGAAUCUCGAGAUAUUUGAGAAUAGCAGAAAUGGAGAGUCUUCAGGCACGCUCUAUGCUCAAUUAAACCAAUGUGUUACGGCGUUUGGGAAGAGACUGCUAAAGUCAUGGCUUGCAAGACCGUUAUAUCACGUGGAGUCAAUAAAGGAACGCCAGGAAGCUGUUGCUGGUUUAAAGGGAGUAAAUCUACCUCACACAUUAGAAUUUCGAAAAGCAUUAUCAAAGUUACCUGACAUGGAGCGGUUGCUGGCACGGGUGCUCUCUUCUAGGGAUGCUAGUGGAAGGAAUGCUAAUAAAGUGGUUCUGUAUGAGGAUUCAUCAAAGAAACAACUGCAAGAGUUUAUUUCAGCCCUGCGUGGUCUUGAACUUAUGGCACAAGCUUGCUUGUCACUCGGUGUUAUUUUGAAUAAUGUCAAAUCCAGACAGCUUAGUCAUCUUUUAACACCUGGUAAAGGUCUUCCUGAUGUAAGCAUGGAUCUGAAUCAUUUCAAGGAUGCCUUUGAUUGGGUGGAAGCCAAUAACUCCGGCCGUAUAAUACCUCAUGAAGGAGUUGACAAAGAAUAUGAUUCAGCUGGUAAGGCAGUUAAUGAGAUUGAGUCCAGUUUGUUAGAUCAUCUCAAGGAACAAAGGAAAUUACUUGGAAGCACAUCAAUCUCUUAUGUUGGUAUUGGAAAGGACACAUACCUAUUGGAAGUGCCUGAAAAUUUGUCUCAGAAUAUUCCUCGGGAUUACGAGAGGCGUUCAUCCAAAAAAGGUUUCGUUAGGUAUUGGACUCCAGAUAUUAAAAUAUUUUUGAAAGAGCUCUCUCAUGCUGAAUCUGAAAGGGAGACCUUAUUGAAAAGUACAUUUCAGAGAAUGAUAGAGCGUUUUUGUGAACAUCACACUCAGUGGAAGCAGUUGGUGUCUGCAACUGCUGAGUUGGAUGUUUUGAUCAAUUUAGCUAUUGCCAGUGAUUACUAUGAAGGACCAACCUGCAGACCAAGUUUUGUUGGGACCUUAUGUACAAAUGAAGCUCCCUACAUCUAUGCUAAAAGUCUGGGACACCCCGUUCUUAGGAGUGAUACCUUAGGAAAGAGUGCCUUUGUACCUAAUGACAUAACCAUAGGUGGUCCAGACCAGGCCUCCUUUAUUCUUCUUACAGGUCCUAACAUGGGUGGGAAGUCAACUCUUCUUCGCCAAGUUUGCUUGGCUGUGAUUUUGGCCCAGGUAGGGGCUGAUGUCCCUUCAGAAAGUUUUGAAUUGUCUCCUGUGGACCGAAUUUUUGUUCGGAUGGGUGCCAGAGAUAAUAUCAUGGCUGGCCAAAGUACAUUUUUAACCGAGCUUUCAGAAACUGCAACAAUGCUGUCAUCAGCCACUCGUAAUUCAUUGGUGGCUCUGGAUGAGCUUGGGCGUGGGACCUCAACGUCUGAUGGACAAGCCAUUGCGGAAUCAGUAUUAGAACAUCUUGUACGUAGCGUGCAGUGUCGUGGAUUGUUUUCUACACACUAUCAUCGAUUAGCUAUAGAUUAUCUCAAAGAUCCCAAGGUCUGUCUCGCUCACAUGGCAUGCCAAGUUGGUAGUGGAAAUGAAGGUUUGGACGAAGUCACCUUUCUUUACAGGCUGUCCGCAGGUGCUUGCCCCAAGAGCUACGGUGUUAAUGUUGCUCGGUUAGCUGGACUACCCACUUCUGUGCUUCAGAAGGCUGAUGCCAAGUCCAGAGAAUUUGAGGCCACGUAUGGUAAAUACAGAACUGAACCAAACUCUUCCAAUCAAAGUUGGGUUGAUGAGAUAAUAGUCUUGGUACAAAAAUUGAACAAUGCUGCCAAUAAUUUGAGUUGCGAGGAGAUGGUUUCCGAUCACUCUAUAGUAAAGCUUCAGCGUGAAGCAAGAGAACUGCUAGAACGAUGUUAAACUAUUUCAAGACAUUAUUAUCACGAUCACAUAAUUGGUUAAAAAAGGAUAUUUUUUAUUUUUCGUAGUUAAGUUGAUAUCAAUCAUGACAGGGUGCCAGGUGGUGAUUUGUAUAUGUUGGUUAUCUAACAGAUCUGUUUUGUUGGUGGCGGGGGCUUGUAAAUAGUUGUAGUAAAAGUGGUGAUAGAGAUUGAAUACUGCAUUAGGUAGGGGAAGAUUAAAAAUGUAUUUUGAUCAGAAGUCAAUUGUCUAUAUCAUGCCAGAAAAUUUUGGAA